GGUGUAACCUGACAGCUCUCCGCCUGUCUGUCCGCCGGGUCAAAUGUCCCACAAGCUGCCCGAUGGCUGCUUUCUCUUUUUACGUCUUUUAAUGAACAUUUCUUAAAUAUUAUGACGUAUCAGUGGAAUGUCAUUUCGCAUUAAGCCGUAGGUAAAAUGACCUCUGCAUGACAAUAAAUAUCACAUUCAAGGGCGACUUUGCCUCUGCAGUUUGAAGGUAAUUUCUGCUUUCCGACUCGAAACUGGGAAGACAAGAAAAACGGGGUUAAAGGAGAACCAUAAUGUUUCAGCUGGGAGAUGAAGUCACCCUCUACUCGCUGGUCUUCGUGCUGGCCCUGCUGGGAACCCGUAGCCCCGUGUGGUCCACUGUCAUCACCACCUCCCUCUGUCUCUUUCUAGCCAUGUUCAGGUUCCCGCUAGUGGCGACCAGCCGGGCUCGGCAGGUACUGCACCCAGUAACGGGGAAGGUUUCCGCGGUCGCUCACCGUGGCGGUGGACACGAUGCACCGGAGAACACCUUAGCAGCCAUACGGGAGGCCAGUAGGAAUGGUGCGACUGGUGUGGAGUUGGACCUGGAGUUCUCAGCAGACGGGAUCCCCAUCCUCAUGCACGAUGAAACCGUGGAUCGGACCACCAACGGUUCGGGCCCGCUCAGCAAGAUGAGCUUUUCGGAGCUGCGUAGACUGGAUGCAUCUGCCAAACAUCGAUUCAGAUCCAAGUUUGUUGUUGAGAAGAUCCCAACUCUGGAGGAGGCAGUGAAAGAAUGCAUCAAGCUGCAGCUCACCAUCUAUUUUGAUGUCAAAGGUCAUCCAGAUGAGGCAGCUGCAGCACUUAAAGACAUGUACAAGCGAUAUCCAGUCCUCUACAACAGCAGCAUCGUUUGCUCUUUCGAACCCAAAGUCAUCUACAGGAUGAGACAGUCUGACCCUGAAGUGCUCACAGCGCUGACCCACAGACAGUGGAGCCUGAGUACUCUCGGCGACGGUACCCCACGCUUUUCAUCAGUGUGGAAACAUCACUGGAUGACGGUGUUGGACAUCUUGCUGGACUGGGCGCACCAUCUCCUGCUGUGGAAGCUCUGUGGAGUCUCAGCCUUCCUGAUACAGAAGAACUUUGUAUCGCAGAAUUAUGUCCAGUACUGGGCUCAAAGGGGAGUGGAAGUUGUAGCCUGGACCAUCAACACGAAAGUGGAGAAGGAGUAUUUCCAGGAGGUGCUACACAUCAAUUACAUCACAGACAGCCUUGUGGAAGACUGUGAACCUCAUUACUGAGAAACACACGGACAAUAGGUGCCCACGACUCUUAUUAUAAGACAACAUCCUUCAAUAAAAUAAUGUUUUAACUAAGUACUCCUCAGCCAUAGUUGUCAACAGGUAAGGACCAUUUCUCUAAGACUAAGGAUGUGGAUGGCCUUGGAACGAUCUUCUGGGGUGCACCAAGACCACAGUGUGCUCUUCAUUAUGCAUUGAGAAAAACACCCACAACUUCAUACUGUGCAUAUGCAGGUUGCUGGGAAACCGAGGACAGUUGUAAGUGCUGUUUCUGUCACCCUGCGACCUUGUGGCAGAAACAAAUGGUCUUUGCCGUGGAACUUCUAAAAACCAACCCCUUGAUCAGCUCUGAUAGAUUUGUGAAAAUCAGCUAGAGUUUGGAUUUCUGUGCAGGAUUCUGUCUGAUCUCAUCAACAUGCGUUCACCGUGCUUCUGCACCAGAUAAGAUUAUCACAUAAAAUGGCAAGCUCGACAAGGCUGAAUCUGAUGGUGGAGGUGCAGAAACCUCUCGUAUUUACAGAAAUUAUAAAUAUGGGAAACUUCCUGGAAAAAAUAGGAUACCCGUUUAUUUAGCAUUGUGAUAGGAUGGUAAGGAAAGCAGCAACCUUCGCUCUGUAAUUCAUGUUUUCCAAAUAUGACUACUUUUAAAGCAGUCUUGGAGAUCCUGGAGACCAUAGGGCGGUCCUAAUCUGGUGUGAAGAGGGACUGAUAAAGCAGAUGUUCCAGGCAUGGUUUUAGUCCUGUAUCUAUAUGCUGAGUUUUAUCUACAGCUUUUCCAGGAGUCAAACGUAUUUCUAACGUCAUAACAAAAGGUCAAGUACCAGGUUUUAUUCUCCUUUAAACACUUUAUGAUGAAUUCAGUCGUGCAUGUAUUGUAUAUAGACAUUUUCAGAGGGUGUGUUUGUACUUUUUUAUCUUUAACAGUCACAUCUCAGACUAGCUGUGCAAACACGGUGGUGACAGCAUCAUGCUAUGGGGAUGCUUUUCUUCGGAAGGGAUAACAGAGGAAGGGAUAACAGAGGUCGUGGAAGGUCUUUUUAAAGUGAAUCUUCGCCUUUUGACAUAUUUUUAAUCUGACUAAACUGUACAAUGAAAGAAACGAUAUCAUGAGAAACACAGAAGAACUACUUUGUUAACAUAAAGGCCUUUCUAUUGAAAGCAAAAGGUAAUGAAACGAGUGGCUCCUCAAGACAUUUGCACAGAAAGUCUUCCAUACUCAGGACUUUAAUACGUUUUUGUUUGUUUGCUGUGUUUAACUUGCUGUUGGGGCCUAUAAAAUGUGUCUUUCCACACACUAAAGGGGAUAGUGUGAAGAAAACUACCUAUAACAACAUUUAUUGUUUAUAAAUGGACAUGAAAAGUGUCAAUGCAAAAAGAGUCAAUGCACAGAUUUAAUGUAGAUCAAUCUUCUUCUACUAAUAGUAUGAAAAGAUUUUGCUUCACUUGUUUUUGUAGUUUUGGCAAAAGAGAUCAGAAUGUGAGAAUGCCACUAAAAUACUCUGGAAAAAAUAAUGAAAUCUGGACACAAACAAACAAGGAAAUGAAUAGAAAAACUAAGAAUUAAAAGAAAACUAAAGUUUGUGUUGAAAUAAAAUCUCUAAAGCAAAAAAUACAUUUGGAGAUUAUUAAAAUGUGAGUUUUGCUGUUUUUCUUUAUCUGUUUGAUUAAACAGAAAUUAGAGCCAAGUCAAUUGACACCCAUCAGAAAGUUGCAUUAUGGGUAAAGACAGAAAAAGUAUUUUUGGACAGAUUGAGAUGACAUUGGUAAAAUUGCUAUAAUACAAAUUUUGCUUUUAUGGUAGAUCUACUCAGAUGAACAUGAAAAUAAAUAUAUGACUGCUAAUAAAUAAAUAGUAAAAACUAGAUAGAGAUAUUUCUUCAAGAGAUAAAAGAAAGAAGUAAAAGAUUAGGAAACAUUAACUGGCUAAUGUACAGCUAGAAAAUUAAGAAGCCCGUAAACAUUGUAUAAAUAAAUAAAAAAAGCCUAUUUAUUUGACUCCAAAUAUUCUCGCUCAUUUUAUGUUUACAUGAUAUUUUCUCAGCUGUUUUUUAUUUUUGGGGUGUAGAUCUUUGUUUUGGUCUUUUGUACAAAAACUUUCUUUUUACUGAAAAAGAAAUGAUCAAAUGCAUGUUUUUUUUUUUUUUUACUGCUUGAGUCAGUGGUGCUGAACAGAUUUACAGUCCGGAAGCGGAUUGCAGAUUAACAGCUGAGGAGGUUAUAAGGUAACCAACUUCUAACCCUGAAGUCUGCAAGUGAGCUGGACUAAUUCAAUGUGUGAUAUAUGAAAUUAUUAUAAGUGGGACAUCUUAGUGGACUGCAGCUGUAAUUAUUAAUCUAUACUGGAGUAUUUAAGAAAACUUGAUAAUAUUGCUUGUAUUAUUUUUGAAAUAUUAGUCUCGUGUUUUGCACUAUAUACAGAAUGUGAUUGUAAGUGAAUUGCCUAAUUCCAGUCUUAAAAUAAAACAAUAUGAGUUUUUUUGAAAGAA